AUGGAUUUGCAUGUUACAACAGCGAGCAGUGAGGAGUUGAUUCGUUUCUGCAUCCAGAGAGGAAAGGAAGGUGCCGUAUUUGCCGACAUCAUAGGCGCAAUAGUGGUCAAAGUCUCCCCUACCAUCGUUGUCAAAUGGGGAUACAGUGUGACCGCUACUGAAGCAGCAAUGCAAGAAUUCGCUUAUAAGAAUGUGAAUCGUAACAUUGUUCGAGUACCUCGGGUUUAUCGCUUUGUCCAGGAUGAAUUAGGGAGAGGUUUUCUAUUUAUGGACUAUGUUCCUGGCCAGAAACUAUUGGAUUUGGACCUCAUAGUUCACACAGACAUCAUACCCUGUGUCACCAAUAUCAUUGCUCACCUCGGACAAAUAAAACAUGGACAAAAGCCAGGUCCAAUCGGCGAAAAAGGUCCACAGGGGUAUCUCUGGGGUGACGAUGGCGUGGAUAAGGCUUUUGUGUCUACUGCCCAUUUGAAUCGUUAUCUCAACAGGCGUCUGUCAUUGAGAAAUGACUCUAUUGAUCUAAGUCCAUAUCCGCUCGUCCUCUGUCAUAUGGACCUGGUUCGUCGCAACAUGAUACUUGGAGAAGAUAAAUCUAUUUAUCUUCUUGAUUGGGCCCAUGCUGGGUUUUUUCCACGGUUCUACGAACUUGCGGCGCUUCCGUGCAUGAGUCCUUAUGAUGAGCCCUACGAGAAGCCACUUAUAGCAGCCGUGGAAUCAAUGAUGCAGUUGACAGAUGAUGAAAAACGCGAUAUGAAAUUGAUCCAUUAUGCCCGGGCAGCAACUUUGAGAUGGCAAUUGUAG